AGGACGCGGAUGCAAAGUGCUUAGUAAAUAAUAAAGUUAAUGUGCCAAAAACAUAAGUGCUCAAGUGGAAAUAUGAAGUUCAGUUGGCGCGCGUCUGAUGCAACAAAACGGAGAGACAAAGAGAGCCAACAAGAAGGAAGCAAAGCGACGCGUAAAGUUAACGGUUAUAACCACAAACCGCGUGCUUGCUUGUUUACCUUUUCACGCAUGUAUUUAUGUUGAAAUGCCGCAAGUGGGAGAUGCAAAAGAGUCGGGAAAUGGAGACGUUGGACGCGAGUCCAAAUCAAAAGCAAAUCUUGUUACGACAAAUUUCAACUACUGUGCGACCGAGUGAAACAAAGGCCAUCGUCAGCGAUGUCGAGACGAAGGAAGCGUCCGGCGGGUUCGGGAAACGAACAUACCUGACUUUAUUUUCAAAUCAACGAGGGAUGGAAAUUAAGCCGAAAAAAGAGAAAACCCUGCGGAAGUUGUUUCUUGGACCAAUUGAAAGAGGAUUUUCCGUAAGACGCUGUCGCAGGACUUCACUCGAUUUCCGUUGCGUGCACAUUUGCGGCCGGCUUUUCCAUUUUGCGCAUGGUAAUGGAGCUGGCCAGCAUAGCUGAAAUCCAGGCCGCAGAAGCCAUGACCGCACUUUUAAUCAAAGUGAAAACUAUGAAAAUUUAUAAAAUAAUUCUCGUAAACGAGCUGGGGGAAAAGAAGGCGACCUAAGCAUGCAAAAACCGAAUUUGUGCAAGGACCUGUCACUGCAGCCCUCAAAAAAGGCCAGCCACACCCCAGAAACCAAACAUGCUCUGAUACAAGGACCUCGAUCUCCUUACCUCCUACUCCACCCACCGCCCCCCAUCCUCUUCCCACCCAUCAGACCUCACCCUCGAGCUCCUGCUGCAGCUUGUGUUUGUGUUUGGAUUUUCGGUUGCUCGGGGGUUUUUGGCGAACUGCGAGCUGGGAGCUGAGAACUGGGAAACGGGAAUUGGGGGACUGGUUACCGCCCCCUUUGUGUGUGGAUAUUUGCAUGAUAUAUGCAGUUAUAAUAAACCACAAGAGCUGCUAAAGCAACAGCAGCCACAGCCAACUGGACGAGGACGAGGAUGAGGAUGAGGAACAAGGCACAGGAGGUCCUGGCCAGGACAAACAAAUGCCCAGGCUCAACGGUGCGUAUGAAGGCAAAUGGCAAACAGGAGCCACCAUAACACUAGCCAGCCAAAGGACCACCAAACUGCAACUGCCGAUCGCAUUUUGGACAUACAUAAAUUACCCCGUCAGGUAGAAUAUCUUUGGAAUGGCAUUGAAAUUGCUGGCAGGGAUGGAUGCAUCUUUGGCAGCACUGACAUAUACGUCAACGAGUUUAGUUUGGGUCUGUCAACGGAGGGGGAAUUAUUCUCAGUUAUAGUAAGUCAGCGAGCCGAGCAACAUCUGUGCUGUGUAAAGAAAAAAAAAAAAAGAAAAAAAUUAAAACUUCUAACAAUAAUGAGUUUUUCGGAAAACGACAAAACCGCGAGUGCUACCAAUAGUCUCACACAUAAUGGGACUGAAGACAACAUGCAGAGCUCCAAUUCACUGGUCGAUCGGAGCAGACCAGUUUCAUCAGUGAGCAGUAUGAAUCACGAACUUAUAGAAUUCGUCCAGCUGCAUGCAAGCUAUAUUGAUAUUAGUGCUGAAACCAGUAUGCUAUAUCAGAAUCCGAUACCCAACUACAACUUUGAUUGGAGCUCUAUUGGAUUGGACGAACAGGAGGAUACCGUUGGACAGGAUCAGCCAAGCCAGGCCCUAACCGAAUAUGCGGUCCAACCGGUGAAUAAUGUAAGUCCGGAUGCACUUCCUUGGCCAAUUGCCGAAGAACCAACAUCGCAGGCGAAUCCGAAUAACUUUUUGCAAAUUAAAAUGGAACCAUAUAACAAGGAUGGAGAGGGAAACGAAAAUUUUGCUGCGGAUCAGGUACAAGAUCCAGGGGUAAUUUUGCCAAUGCCAACGGCUAAUUCAUGCACUCUAUUCAUGAAUAUAAGACAGGAACCGGUUCUGGCAAUUAAAAUGGAGAUAGAUUCAAAAGACAAUGAACUACCAACUGAUGUAGAAUCUAAACCGAAUACCAAUUUUUCAAUUUUUGAUAUUCCCAACGAUAGAGACAAUAAUUUGUCAAAUUUUCCAAAAAGGUCUGGCGAUCAAGGAACUCAGUCCACUGCUACACAAUCUGAAAUAGAUGCUAAUUUAGUUUGUAAAAUAGAAAACGAAACAACCAUAGUUGAAUUACCAACUACGUCCAAUGAUAUAGUUUGUAAAAUAGAAAACGAUACAACCAUGGUUGAAUUACCAACUACGUCCAAUAAUAUAAACGACGAGCAGCCAAAUAACACAGAUUCUGAUUCGGUUAUUAAUUCAAUUUAUGAUUUAAUUGAUGAUUUAAAUUUGGAUUAUGAUGAACUACCAACUACAUCUUGUGGCACAGAAACCCAUCCAGUGGACACACAAUCUAACAUGGAUGAUAAUAUGCCAUAUGAUUUGAUAAGUGACAUAAAUAUGGACUUCGUCACUCCAGCUAACAGAACAUAUACGGCAGCUGCAAAGCCAACACGAGGAACCGUCUACAAGGUUAGAAAGCCACGGCCGGUCAAGAGCACCAUUACGGCGCCAUCAAAUCCCAGCAUUGCCAAGAUGUUGAGGGAAGCAGCCAAGAAGGAAAAUGCAUCUGCGGCACCGCAGAGACCGAAGAAGCCCAAUGCGACGGCAACAUCUUCAGUUCCAAAUUUUCCAAACGCCCAUAAUUGGCCUGCAUGCCCACCGCUGCAGGUCGGCACUAUACCAACAGAUGAAACCAAUGACUCAAUGACUCAAAAUCGUCCAAUGCAAACAAUCGGAAAGGUGAUUCAGCCCCGUGUCAAGCGGACUUACACGAAGAGAGCCAAUAAGACCAAUAAUACAAAUAAUACAAAUAAUACAAAUAAUAUUCGCGGAGGAGAACUUACAAUAUCAAAUGGACUUGUGGAGCGCGCCGGUAUUAAUAUUGUGAUGCCACCGGAUCCGCUGAUAUCAAUGGUGUCUGUUCCUCACAAUCCAAUACAAACCACCGGUAAAGUAAUUAAGCCUCCUCCCAAGCGGACUUACAAGAAGAGAGUCAAUAAGGCCAUGGCUACAAAUCAGUCCUCCGGAACUGAAAUUGAGAUUCCUCAAACCUCUUCCCAGGCACCUAUACCUCGUGUCAAGCGGACUUACACGAAGAGAGCCAAUAAGACCAAUAAUACAAAUAUACUUAAUGACAAUAGUUCCGGGGUCAUGGAGUCUAAUGGUGGAGAACCUACAAUACCAAAUAGUCAACAGAUUCCAAACGCUGAUGUUGUUCCGAAUUUACCAAUACAACCGACCGACAAGCCCAAAGCUCCCAGAAAACCGCGUGCUAAAAAAGUGAUCAACCAGCAACCGGGGACGGAUAUGCCCUCUGAGGUAUCGGCGCAGGGAGAAACGGCUCAAACCAAGCCGAAUGCUAAGCCAAAAGCCCCUAGGGUGCCCAAAGAACCUAAGGCGCCAAAAGUACCAAAGCCACCUAAAGAACCAAAGCCACCGAAGGAGCCAAAGCCACCUAAGGAGCCAAAGCCACCUAAGGAGCCAAAGCCACCUAAGGAGCCAAAGCCACCUAAGGAGCCAAAGCCACCUAAGGAGCCAAAGCCACCUAAGGAGCCAAAGCCACCUAAGGAGCCAAAGCCACCUAAGGAGCCAAAGCCACCUAAGGAGCCAAAGCCACCUAAGGAGCCAAAGACACCUAAGGUGCCAAAGACACCUAAGGAGCCAAAGACACCUAAGGAGCCAAAGACACCUAAGGUGCCAAAGACACCUAAGGAGCCAAAGACACCUAAGGAGCCAAAGACACCCAAACCACCAAAGGCACCUAGGGUACCGAAGGAACCUAAGACGCCAAAGGUACCCAAGGAACCUAAAGCGCCUAGGGCACCCAAGGUACCAAAAGAGCCAAAGGAACCUAAAGUACCCAAGACUCCGAGGAAUCCCAAGGCACCGAAAGCACCAAUUCAACCGAAAGCAUCAAUGAAUCAGACACCAAACAGCGUACAGGUACCGCUACCCAUUGAGCCCGUACCUCUAGAAACACUCACUCGCACGAAUCCUAUACCAUCAAUCGUUGCCGAAAUACUCCGACAGGGGCCGAUAACACCAAUAUCGCCAAUUAAAUCCCCAGAAUUCCUUUAUCAUGCUGAUCAGCAUACCGUAGCGAACCUCAAUAUGCCACAAUCUUCGGGGCCAGCCAACUCAAGCGAGUCCAGUGUAAACGCCAUUCCACGACUUCCAACAACGGAAGGGAAACAGCCGUCGAAGGAAAGCGCAGAAAGCACAGAAAUAUCAGGUCCUUGCACAAACAGUACAGUUCGAAACACUACGUCAGAUGAACGGAUUAAGCAAGGUCGCGUGUCAAAGCAUUCAUCUCGUUUUUCGCCUUCAUUACGCUGUGUAGUACGCUCUUUAUCCAGCUCAUCCUCCAGUUCAUCAUCCUCCAGUUCAUCAUCCUCCAGUUCAUCAUCCUCGUCAUCCUGUUCGACCUGCUCCACCUGCUCGAGCAGCUCGAACUCUUCACGAUCUUCACGAGCACGUAACCGGAAACGUCGAUCUCCAAAGGUUCCACUUCUCAACAAACCAAUUAAAUCAAAUGCGGAAAUAAAUUUUCAGUUGGGCCAACCAACCCGUCUUGAAUCAUCAUCCCCUUCACUACCGGACAUGCCCGUGAAUACUAGUGCCACCUUUGAAGAGCAUUUGGAAAAUGUGGCAUCGGAGCAUAAUUAUACUAUAUCGCCGAUAAGAAACCCCAUAUAUGAUUUCGGGUUCAACUUGCCAGAGCCCAUGUUGUCCGAGGAGUCAUCCAGUUCUUCUGAUGAUGAAACCAAUGAGAACGGUCAAAUGACACCGAAUUCUCAAGAUCAGUUUGAGAAAAAUCGUCAAAGCGCUCUAAUGUUGUUCGGUGAGUCACGCAGUUCUUCUCCGUCGAAGAGCCGUAAUGAAACCAAUGUGAACAGUCAGAUGACAUCGAAUUCUCAAGAUCAGUUUGAGAAAAAUCGUCAAAGCGCUCUAAUGUUGUUCGGUGAGUCACGCAGUUCUUCUCCGUCGAAGAGCCGUGAUGAAACCAAUGUGAACAGUCGGAUGACAUCGAAUUCUCAAGAUCAGUUUGAGAAAAAUCGUCAAAGCGCUCUAAUGUUGUUCGGUGAGUCACGCAGUUCUUCUCCGUCGAAGAGCCGUGAUGAAACCAAUGUGAACAGUCGGAUGACAUCGAAUUCUCAAGAUCAGUUUGAGAAAAAUCGUCAAAGGGCUCUAAUGUUGUUCGGUGAGUCACGCAGUUCUUCUUCGUCGGAGAGCCAUGAUGAAACCAAUGAGAACGGUCAGAUGACAUCGAAUUCUCAAGAUCAGUUUGAGAAAAAUCGUCAAAGGGCUCUUAUGUUGUUCGGUGAGUCACCCAGUUCUUCUUCGUCGGAGAGCCAUGAUGAAACCAAUGAGAACGGUCAGAUGACACCGAAAUCCCAAGAUCAGUUUGAGAAAAAUCGUCAAAGGGCUCUAAUGUUGUUCGGUGAGUCAAGCAGUUCUUCUUCGUCGGAGAGCCAUGAUGAAACCAAUGAGAACGGUCAGAUGACACCGAAAUCCCAAGAUCAGUUUGAGAAAAAUCAUCAAAGCGCUCUAAUGUUUUUCGAUGAGUUACCCAGUUCCUCUUCGUCGGAGAGCCAUGAUGAAACCAAUGAAAACUGUCAGAUUGCACCGAAAUCCCAAGAUCAUUUCGAGAAAGAACUUCAAAGCGCUCCCAUCAGAGAGCCCAGACUAGAUCAACCCCUAGCACCAGCUCCCAGAUCAUCCAAUCGUGGCACAAUUGAGCCUUGUAAUGUAAAAGCUUUUAAGCGUGAUUUAAUGAAUACUGGAUAUUCUGCAGAUGUGAAGCACGAUAGUGCAGAUACCACUAAAGUAUACACUCCAAUGAAAAGAAAUUCUGGGGCUGAAUUGCCUAUUCAGAGUCGCUAUAUAGUGCCCAAUUCUAAGCCAUCAGAAAGUAAGAUUACUGUUAAACCAGUGCUGCCAAAGCACAAGCCAUCAAGGAUUCCAAUAAGAACCAAAAAACCAGGAAAUGACAGAAUGGAUUACCAGAGGCAGUCUUUACUUGAUCCAAUUAAAAAAUCUUUGAAUAAUUCUUAUGCUGUUACUAGCACUUCGGCAUACGAUCAAAAUGACCAGCUAGAAAAAAAUCCUGGGGCUCAAUUGACAGAACUGCCGAGAGCUCUGAAUUCAAUGAAAAAACCAGAGGAUAAUGGAUGUAAAACAAAAAAUAUCCUAAAGCCGCGUGCCCAUAUAUUUUCGAAUGCAGACGUGAACCCUCGCAGCUCUACAGAUUAUGGGCCAUCUAAGCAGGACGUCAAAAAGUCUUGGGCACCACGUUACCAAGAACAAGAAUCGCAGGAGUUCAAGGAAAAUUCAUUGAAUAGAUUCUUUAAUGCUAAGGGUAACUUACCUGAUAUUCCUAAGAAGUCAUUCAAAGAUUCCGACUGUAAAGUUUCCAAAGCAGAUGCUGAGCAACGUGGCGCCAAAACAUUUGAACCUUUACGCAAGGACUUAAAACGUAUAAACAAAGUACGAAAAUGGAGAUAUACUAAAGUAGUCAAUAAAAGCCAGAAUAGAAAUGCAAAGAAGCAGGGCAAGGUUAUGCUAGAGCCUAAAGAAAAUACUAUCGAAGAAGAUGCAAAACGAUCUAAUCCUGACAUCGUUGAACCAACUGUAAAACCUACAAAACCUGAAACAGCCGUGCGCGCCAGCAGUUCCAAGGCUUGCAUUUCAGACUUAAAUGCAAAUAUUCAUAAAACUAAAUCUUCAAAGCUCUUUGAAUUCAAUCGUUCUGAAUCACAAGUAAAAAAAGGUGAAAACGAAGAAGAAGAUGUCAAGCUCGACAAUCUGAAAAUAACUGAACCAGUUAAACAUAAACGGGCUUCAAGACCCAAAACAUCCGGACGAAACAUUUCUGAGCUAGAUAUGCAGCCUAGUACUUCUAAAGCUGCUGAGACAAAAACUUCUCAACCAAAAGCUGCUCAACCCAAAACUGCUCAAUUAAAGGAAAUGCCCUCCAAAGCAUUGAACAAAAAGGUGAAAAAAUCAAAGGCCACAAAACGUAAAAAUAGGGAUCCAAAGAGUACUGAAAUGCAUCAGUAUAAAAUUCCCAAGCUUUCCGCAAAUAAGCCACAGGUAAAAAAACAGAAUACAUCGACUACAACCGCUGCCGAAGCAAAGAAGAUCAUAAGACCUAACAAUUCGGCACCGACAAGCGGAUUCUCACGAUUACCGGAGAUGUACGAGGAGGAGCUAAACUUUCCGAAUGCUCCACAUCCCUACUCAACAAGGGGCUAUUAUCCCUAUCAUAGGGCCUAUCCAAGGCCUAUGGAUCACCCGGGCAGUCAGUAUCAUGUGAACCAACCCCCACCAAUGAGAUUGCAUCAUUCCAUGUACGUUGAUGCGGAACCGUCUUAUCAGAGCUUUUGUCAAGGGUCACGAUACCAACCAUAUGACAUUAGCCCGUCAAUGAGACACCAUUACUCCUAUCCAGGGGAGCCAUCUCCCAGAACAUAUCCGAUGGGUAUACCCUAUCAUUACAAUAACACGCUCUACCCCCCGAUGAGAAAUGAUUUCUACUACCCAAGGGACCGUCCGCACUUUCCUGUACGCAAUUUACCACCGAUGAGUUCUCAAGGGACUUAUCCACCGAAUUAUCCAUCUUCUCGUCAAUUUUUGCAUUCAAUGCCCCCUCCUGCUGAUAAACAUGAACAGAUCGCAUUGCGUUCGAUCGAAAGCGUUGGUGGUUUUAUUCAAUUGGCCUAUGCAGGUCGGAAAUACAGGACUCUUAAGGAUCUCAGGGAGCGAACAAAGUUAUCGAAAGACUGUUUGCGUAAGAUUUUUAAGCACAUGUGCAAAAUUAAGCGUCCCAAGUGGCGCAUCAGCAAGUUUUAUUUGUACGCAUUCUGGUCUGAAAUUACGGGGGUUCCCCAAAGUUCUAAAUUUGGCAAACCGUUGGAACUAAACGCUUCCUAUCGCAAGGUAAUUAGUUCCUUUGCGGAAAGCAAGUUUCUACGCAUGGAGACUUUAAUGGAGAAAACUGGGUUUCGGAAAGGCAAACUUAAGCGAGUUCUAAAAAUGAUCGGAAGAAAGCGAUCCACGAAAUGGCGUCUGCUCAAUUAUAAGAAGCCACUUAUUCACUUGCACCGCAGUCAAGAGAAUAAGUCUUCUAUAUAA